CAGUCCGGUAUCACAUGAACGAGCGGGGACCAAUCGGGCUGCGCGCUGCCGGAGAGUGUUGGCUCUCCUACAGCGAGACGGAGGAAAAGGCUGAAUAAAAGGAAACCGAGCCAGGGAGCUUGUAACGACCGCUAAACCCCGCGGAGGAGCCCGGAGCCGCCGCCAUUGGAUAUAUCCACCGUGUGUGACUGGUUCCCGUGCGUCGUGCGCUCUGGAUUAUCCCGUUUGGCACCGGGGCGGACGCGCUGGAUAAGGCCAUGGCCCUAACGUGUUGAUAGCUCUCUGGAGCUGGUGCUGGUGGGGGAGGCGAGACGCACCGCGGAGACAAUUCAUGGCUCAUUGUGCGCGCUGGAAAAUGGUGGAUUAUUUGCACUGUAGCAUGAAAACCUUCCUCCGGCUGGAUCUCCUGUCAUAACCCGGAGCUCGGCGGCGUUUCCUCGGCCUCAUUGAGGUCGUGUUUUUUUUUUUUAGGUAGGUCCCCCCCCCCCCCCCUCCACACACACACACACACACACACACUCACUCAGCUCGAUCCAUUUCUCCUCUGUUUCAUGUACAUGUCGGAUUUUGGCAUCGGCGCGACGCCUCGGCCCUGCGCUCCGUGACGCAAACAUUUGGAGACAAUAAACUGUUGGAUUUAACCGAACCAUGGAUUUCAACAGUGGCAGCGGCGGAGGAGGAGGCGGAGGAGGUGGUGGAGGAGGAAACGAGCUGCACAACAACCAGUUUUAUCAGUGCGAGGAGAACAAGCCGCUGCUGGGGGAGAUGUCGGAGGGCAACAACAACACCAAGCUGGGUGCGGGGCCGUGCAAGAGGAGCCUGCACCACUGCAGCAGCAGCGGGAUGCGAUACAAGCUGCUCCACGAGGGGGACAUCCAGGUGUGCGUGGUCAAGCACCCCCGCACCUUCCUCAGCAAGAUCCUCACCUCCAAGUUCCUGCGGAGGUGGGAGCCGCACCACCUCACGCUCACAGACAGCGGCCUGACCUCGGCCACGCCCACCGGUUACAUGGAGACGUCACUGUCCUACAGCUCCAUCGAGGACCUGCAGCUGCUCUCGUGGGACAACGCUCCAAAGUACUGCGUCCAGCUCAGCUUCCCCGGAGGCACCGUCCUGCUGCAGGCUGCAAACAGCUACUUAAGAGACCAGUGGUUUCACUCCCUGCAGUGGAAGAAAAAGAUCUACAAGUACCGGAAGGUCCUGAACAACCCGAGCCGCUGGGACGUGGUGCUGAAGGAGAUCAGAGCGCUGGUGGACAUGGCGCUGACCUCGCCGCUGCAGGACGAGUCCAUCCACCAGGCUCCGCUGCACAUCAUCUCCACCCUCCUGGCCGAGAUUUAA